GACCUGCAGCCGCCUGUUGGCUGCACAACAGAAAAGAGAAAGCCCAGAUGAACGAGCCCAGAGCCGCCCCAGCCUCACAGCGGAGCGGUACCGGAACCAGCUGCCGGAAUCUGCUGAGUCUGCACUUGUGCUGGGUGGGUUUUACGCCGGUUCCUUCCUGGUUGAGCAACAGAGCUUUGAGGGAUUUCCUCCAGCUGAUCUCCAUCCACCGGCCCGAGCAGCUGCUCUCCCGGUUCCGCUCACAGGAUGUCUUCAGGAGGCGGAACCGUCCUCCUCUGGGUUCUGCUGCUCCUCGUCUGGUCGCCGGCGGAGGGUUUGGACGAGAGUCAUGAGGACGAUGAGUGUGCGGAUCUGAACAACACCACGUGGACGGAGUACCGGCAGCACCGGGCCAAGCUGCAGGUCCAGUACCUGCUGCUGACCAGGAGAACCCUGGACUGCGCCCAGAAGUUCAACCUGGAGUCUCUCACCAAGCACAACUCCGACUUCAACAUCUCCCGGCCCACCAAGGUCAUCGUCCACGGAUACAGGGCUCUGGGCAGCAAGCCGUCCUGGGUGAAGGAACUGGGCCGGGCCCUGCUCCGGGCUCAGGACGCCAACGUUGUGGUGGUGGACUGGGUCUACGGCGCCUCCUUCGCCUACAACCUGGUGGUGGAGAACUACAAGGAGGUGGCGCUGCAGAUCUCCGUCCUCAUCAACCAGCUGCAGAAACACGGCUGCAGACUGGAGUCCUUCCACUUCAUCGGGGUCAGCCUCGGCGCUCACGUCGCCGGCUUCGUUGGGACUCUGUUCGAAGGGAAGAUCGGAAGGAUCACAGGUCUGGACCCGGCCGGACCCAUGUUUAAAGGCGCCGACACCUUCGACCGACUGGAUCCGUCGGACGCUCAGUUUGUCGACGCCAUCCACACCGACUCCGACUACUUCGGCAUCUCCAUCCCCGUCGGUCACGUGGACUUUUUCCUGAACGGAGGGAAGGACCAGACCGGAUGUGCUCGAUCCCGGUUCGCCUCAAUUCUGGUGUACUUUCCAGUGUACGGCUACGUGAUCUGCGACCACAUGAGGGCGCUGCACGUCUACAUGAGCGCCCUGAACGGCUCGUGUCCGCUGGUGGGGAUCCCCUGCUCCACCUACGAGGACUUCCUGAAGGGAACCUGUGUCGACUGCGACGUCUUCAAGGGAACGUGUCCAGCUAUAGGUUUAUCUAAGAACAGCGGGAUUCUCGACUCGUCUCCGAUUCCUCAAGAGCAGAAAGUUUUCCUCCUCACGACGUCUUCGCCUCCUUUCUGCGCUCAUCACAUCCUGCUGCAGCUGGAGGUGUCGCCGUUGGAUAAACGAGCCGAAGUCGAAGUGACGCUGAGGACGGAGAACCUGGGAACAGAGCAGAGACUCAGGCUUCAGACGGAUGCGACGGUGUACCGGACGGUGUUGGCUCAUCCCGCCGCUCUGUGUGAGAUCAGCUCCAUCACGCUGAAGAACACCGGAGCUUGGUUCUCCCGGCAAGGACAGAUCCACGUCCGGUCCGUCUGCGUCUCCGAGUUCCCGUCUGUCAGGACCGAGGACCCGCUGUGUGUGAACAACUUCAUCGUCCGGCGAGGAGCUCCGUGGUCACAUGACUUUGUUCAGGUUUGUGGCGUCUUCUGAAGAUCUGCUCUAAAGAAACUGUGCAGAAGAAACCGGCAGAGCAUCUGGAUGGAACUCUGGUUCACGUUUUCACCGCCUCGUUUAACGUCGAUCAGUUAGAUCUCCGUCAGCCAAAGAAUCACAAGAGAAGGUUAACGAGCAGGUGGUUCCUCUGGUUCUAACGGACGCCACUAAUUAGUCAGAUAAUCAGCUGAUCUCACGACAUCCUCACUAAAACCACUGGUGGGAGUUCUAAUUAAAGGUUUUAUUUGUCUGGUUUUGUGUCCUUUAGGUUUGUGUUUUAGCUCUGAGACUGUUAAUAUGAUAAAAUGUGUUUCUGUGACUUGUUCUGUCUGCAAGUCUGACUUCAGUUUGGUUUAGCAAAAAAUACAUAAAUAGAAAUAAACUCUGGUUUUCUCUGUCA